AUGGAAGAUCCAAAAAAGUUCACAAUCAUUGCAGACCUUUCGGAGCCCAACAAAUAUUUUGGAUUUAAUGAAUGGUGCGAACAUCUACGCAAAAAUUGCAUGAACCAAAGAAAGGAGGCCUGUGUGCCAACCAAGAUCGAUUUAGGGUACAUCAACCUUCCUCAGCCAUCCAAUCGCGAGUAUGAGCGAUCGCUCGAAGCGCUUACAGCCAAACAAUUCGAGAAGUAUGAAUCUAUGUGUUCUACAGGAUUGAUAUCAACCAAGGAUUACAUGUGCUUUAACUAUGCUCACUUUAUCUACCUUUCGCUUUUUCUUCUUGUCUUUGGUAUUUUUCUUGGCGUGCUGUGGAUCCUUAUCCACCGCAUUUACCAAAGAAAAAAAAUUAUAGGGAAAAUGUACCACGAGCUGGUGUACAAGGAAGCGAAAAAGCACCGCCAAAUUGUCGAGUUAAUGAAGGAAAUCUCAAAAACUGAAACGAAACAACCAAAUUCUGUACUGUGAAAAGUAUACAACGCAGUAUCAGUUCAAGUUUGAGGUCGUAGUGUGUUUAAUU